AUGACAAUAAUUUUUCCCACCGAUGCAAAAGAUUCGUCCAACCAAUCUAUUUAUCAUCCUUCAAAAGGUUCUCCAAUAUUUGAUUACAUUGGAUGUAUUCGUGAGUUACACUUUGAUGCCAAACUGUUUGUGGCUAAUUCUACAUUUGCCCAUAAAAACAUUUGGAUGCCAUCUUACAAGCACACAAAUACAAUGUCAGAAGUGUUAUGUUGUUCAAUAAUUAAUUACUUUGUGAAAUACUUGUGUGAACAUUGUAAUAGGUUAACCAUUUUGGAGAUUAACCCUUAUAUCCAGGAUAAUAAAAAGCCGGUUUUUGAUCCCAUAGAAAUGUUAACAUCCUUUCCUAACGAAAGAAAUUUAAGCGGAUUAAAAAAAUUAUAUUGCACGAGUCCUGGACAUGCUGGAGCCGAAUUAACAUUAAAAGAUAAUCCCAAAUUAACGCAACUCUACACCACCUUUUCCAAAUCGGUUUUAAACCUCGAAUUGAUUCAUAACAAUAAAAUAAUAUCACUUGAACAAGCGAAAUCGUUGUCCUCAUUAAUUUCUUCACAAAGAAAAUUAAAAAACAUCAUAUUAUCGGAAGAAGAUGUGAUAGUUGGAUUUCCUAGGAUCGGCAAUGCCAAAGUAUUCGGAUGGUACAAUGUCGUGCUGAAUUCAUUAUCCUCACACAAAGAAUGGUUAGAAAAGUUGGAAUUUACUUAUUUAUCCUUUGAGCAUAUUGAUGAGGUAGCCUUGAGAUCACUAUGUUCACUUAAAAAUCUUAAAAGAUUGAGAAUAAAUAAAUGUAGGUUCCUCGGUUCCAGAUUACAAUUAUGGACGAAAAGUUUAACCAAUCUUGAAGUUUUUGAGUACAAGGCAGUAACUUAUCCUCAGUUAUACGUCGCUGUAGAUUUAUUAAAUGCAGUCUUUCAAUCCUCUUCAACUAAUUUAAAAAAGUUAGUAUUAUGUUAUAAAAGAGACCAUGAUCAAGGAUUUCAAUCAAUCAAACAAAUUCCACUUUAUUUAGGUUCGUUAAAUCAUUUAGAACUCCCGAAAUUAUUUCCAAGAGAAUUAAUUUUCAUUUUCAAAUCAUGUACGGAAUUGAUUUAUUUUAGUACCGAAUUGUUGGAUGAUGGGGAAUUGGGAAAAUAUUUGAAGUCGAUUAGUACAAUUGUUCCCAAUAGCGUGCAAAAGAUUCAAUUCAAGAUUCAAUUUAAAGAUACGCCGAUAAGCGUCGAAACACUGAAAGAAUUCUUGCAAGGAUGCGUAAAUAAUGAUGGUAAAUUAGAGACUUUGGAGAUUACCGGAAAUUACAAUUUUAAAGUUGCGAGAGGGGACACUCCGGAACAAGGUGUAGGCAAGCCCAGGGACCCUAUUCCCAAUUCUAAAAAUUCGUUUAAUAUCAAAGUUACACAGUGUGUAACGUUUCAGAUAUUAGACUGA